AUGGAGGCCCUUUCCAGAUAUCUUAUGCAUGCUGAAACUCAAAACAUGAUUUAUGGGGUUAAAUUAAGUGUUGAUGAUCCUGCUAUUAGUCACCUUAUAUUUUUUGAUGACUGCAUGAUUUUUUGUAAAGCUAACAUAGAGGAAUGCAUAAAUGUUAUCAAGGUUUUUCAGGACUUCAGUCAAUCUUCUGGGAAGAUGAUAAAUUUUACUAAGUCUGGCAUCUUUUUCAUUAAAGACACUGCUCCUAAUAUUGUUGAUAGCAUAAGCCAACUCAUGAAAGUUCAGAAGAUUGAACUCAAGGAUAAAUAUCUAGGAUCCCCUCUCUUCACCAACAAAAGCAAAGUGAAGGACUUCAAACUCUACAUAGAUAAAUUAAAAUUCAGACUUGCUGGAUGGAAAGCUACUCAAUCAACUGCUGGUAAAGUUACUAUGAUUCAGUCUGUAACCUCUACUUCAAGUAUCUACCAAAUGAACUUCUUCAAGCUUCCAAAGGCCACAUGUAAGGAGAUUAAUGCUAUUCAGAGAGACUUUUUUUGGAAUAAGGAUCAAGCUAAACCUAAAGGCAUAUAUUACAUAGCUUGGGAUGUUGUCAACAAACCGAAAUAA